AUGUCGGACCAGAACGUCACCGUGACGUUGGUCCCGCUCUCCGGCGCAGAUCCUCUGCGCACUAUCACUCUCUCCUCCGUCGACGCCCACCAGAACAUUCCCAUCGGUCGAAGCUCUAAACGUGAGCUUCGAAAGAGAGUGCCCGACCCAGAGAAUGCAUGGUUCGAUUCUCGAGUCAUGUCUCGGGAUCAUUGCAUGCUGAACAUCAACAUGGACAAACGGACUUGCUUGAUCUCUGAUGGUGGCUCUACCCACGGAACCUAUGUGAACGAUGUCCGGUUGGAACAAAGCGUCGAUACUCCUCUAUUCCAUGGAGACACCAUUCGUUUCGGUGUUAAUGUCGAUCGUGGUCAGGGUAUGUUGAUGUCAAGCUCAUAUGUCGGGCUGGCUGACUUUGUGGCAGAAAUAUUUGAGGCUAUUCAGGUUCGGUUCGAGGUAGCGUGGGCCAAACCAGAGGUCAUAGUCAUUUCAGACGAUACCCCCGCCUCCAAAGUAAACAUCAGUCUUUCCACCAAUACCUUCACUGUCCCCGAUGAUGACGAUGACGACGACGAGAGCGCCUAUGACUACAAGGAAGAAGAAGAAGACUACGAGGGCGAAAUGGAGUUUGAGGACGAAAUCGAUGACCAGCAUGCUGACCACCCCAGUGAUGACUCUAAAGCAUCUGUUGCCCGAUCCUUGGAGUUUGACACUCUUCACCCUGGCGAGACCUCAUCUGUUUCGAGUGUGGACCAGAAUGAGAAACCAGAGCCAAAGCCCGAGCUUGCACCUAAGCUUGAGCUUGAGCCGCAGCUUGAGUUUAAACAAUACCCCGCUCCCGUUGAGCAUAUUUCUUCUACUGAGGAGGUUGCCUUCGGGGUUCUGAGCCUUUCGGGAGCAAACGUCCCGGAUCCCGUGAAGAAACUGGCGUCCGAGCCCACGAAUACAAUGUCACCUGAUAUCGAGCCACUGCCGAUACCUACCACUGCCUCAUUGGAAGCUAAGUUCCAGGAAGUUGAUGCUGAGUCGUUGCCUUCCGAUGCCAAGCUGUCAUCAUCUUGCCAAACAGAUAGAUUUCCCAAAACCUGCUAUCAAAAGGUCCCCGAGGAUUGUUAUAGCAAUUGGACAAUGAUGAAACCUAUGUUCAUGCGUCUUGCUGACAUGGCUUGGGGUGAAUCUGACCAGAUUCCCGAUGUCGACCACGAGAAACGCAUCAUCCAUGCUGCACGACGUUGCUCCCUAUCUAGAGAAUCCUACUGGGUUGAUGACUCCCCCGGCUUUCAACCAUGGGCUGGCACCGAGGUUAUGUGGACACCAGACUCCAAGGCAUCGGACACCACAUUCCACCGCAUGCCCGGAAACUCUCUCAAGUACUGGGCUAUCGACAAGCGCAGAUACUGGAUCAUUUAUGAAGACGAAAACGGCUUGGAUAUGGGCAACUUGUGGUGGAUCGUCGAGAAGCCAUGGGACAUUCUUAGUGAAGAGAUCAAGGAGCAACUUGCGACUGAAACUGAAAUUGAUGACUGCCACAAAUGUUGGUUUAUCAGAGCCUGGGAACCCCAAAUGAUUGGUAGCACGUGGUGCGAGUCGCCUCCUUACUGGGACUCAAGUUUCGACAAGGAAUUACCCUCCGAUGACGACUCCAUCAACUCGUACGAAGCGGAGGACUCUGAGCUUGAUGAGGACCAUUCGGAGGAGUCAGCCGCUUCAGACUUCGAGGAUUAUCAUCCGUUUUUCAAGUUCAAUGAAGAAACCUAUGGAUGCGACGCAGAGGGCUACUCCAACUCAGAGGAAGGUUCGGAAGUCGAUGACUACUCGGUGAAUUCGGAAUGUGUUUCAGACCUCACGAAUGAAGAAGAUUCCGACCAGUCUGUAUAUGAUGAAUCCGAUGACAACUCUGAGUGCUCGGAUGACCUUGUGAUGGAAUUCACCAAACCACCAAAGGAUAGAUCUAUGGCUUUGCCUGAACAGAGCCCAAUUUCGGUCAAGCAACGCGUGUUCGCCGCCGAUGACAUUGGCCUUCCCGGCAACGACAUGGCGGAGGCUGGUCCUUCUUCGUUCCCCAACGAUUUCAAGAGCGAAAAUACCAAGCUGCGCGAUGAACUAUUUACGACGUUGAACGAGGAAUGGCUACAACCAAGUGAGAUCUUCGAGUCACACACAUCCCGAGUGCUGCCGCUCGGGGGUGUAAUGUCUCCCCUUAUGACCAACCCAAGUGCUCAAUUCCCGACACACACUGUUUCGGAUAAAUUGCCAAGUUCCUGUCAGAAACCGGUUUCUCAUCCUCAGCCCUCCAUUGUUGUUACAAACCGCGCUUAUCAGGAUGGGCCGUUCGCAAUUAACACCAUCUGUUCCAGCCAAGAUGUUUGUACUCCAUUAGAACCUGCGACAGCGGUCAAAACAUCGCUCAAGCGGUGCGCAUCAGAUAUGGAAUCCUCUGUGCUUCCAGAGUCUGGAUUUUCUCAAAAUGCUCAGCGGGUCCCACACGAGACAGCCAGCCAGCCAGAUCUUGAGCCAAUCUCAACCGGAGUCCAAGAUAUCAUUGCCUCUGCUCUUGCUGAGAAUGAUUCUGCUGCUGCUGAGAAUGAUCGUCCUGCAAAGCGGGUCAAGCCCAAUCGUUCGUCCUCGAAGAGUUUGGCAAGUCACGCGACCACUGCCGUUGUCGGUGCGCUUCUAGGUGGCCUAGGAACUAUUGCUAUGCUUGCAGCAUUGCCCAAUGAAUAUUUCCAGUGA